CCAACAGGUUGCAAACCAAAAAAAAUGUGGAUUUUACAUAGACAUGGUACCAGAUUACCAACAACAAAAACAAUUAAAGCAGCACCGCGACUAGACAUAUUGCGUGACGAAAUUGUGAAAAAUUAUCGCGUUCGCCGAACAAGGCCGGACACUAAUGCGCUCUGUCAAGAGGACCUAAUAUUUUUGGGAAUGUGGAAAUGGAAUAACAGCAUUACAGUUGAUCAAGAAGAAUAUUUGACCUCACAGCUCCUAUAG